AAAAAAUAUUCCAUUUGUAUGCGUAACUUCAGGUGGCGCUUUUAACCAAAUAAACGGUCGAGGAAUUUUUAUAUAUUUAUCUAACUUUUGAGAGUGAGGUUCACGCACGAAGUCUGAUUGUGAAUUGAAUAUAUCGUAAGCAGUUUAUGGUGCUGCUUAGUUAUAACGACAUGAAUAUUACAUAAGUAGAUUUUUGCUUUGAAAUCAGAAGCUUGCGCAAACAUGCAUCAUCAUGUAGUUAUAGAUUGUUCAAUCCUUAAGAUAAACGUAUGAAAUAUAUGGCAUAAAAUAAAAACAUCAGUUACUCCUUUGAAUUUUCAUUCACUAAAAAUUUGCUGUAAAUUUGCGUGCGAACGAAAUGACUUGUUUUUUGUCAUAUUUUACAUGCAUGUAUAUGUGUUAAAUGACGACACAACAUAAACAAAAAAGGCGAAAAAUAACGAAUCUAAUACUCCACUCAAAUCAGAAGCUAAUGCUGGCCGCUUUAUAAAUCGGAAUACGACGUUUCAAAGGGCAUCACAGCGUGAACUUUGCACCGGUAAAUUCUAGAUUUAGAAAAAAAUUCAAAAGCUUUCCAGGGCCAAUGAACUACACCACAAACCUAGGCUGCGUAUAUCAUCACAUCUAAUUUCCUUUAUCGAUCUUUAAGAGUGCAAAUGGACGUUUAAAAAUGCAUCACGAUUAUGGUUGACAAUCAUAUCUAAGAAUCGAACCUCCUCGCUUUAUAAUAAUAACAAAAAAAAGUGAAAACGCAACAGUUUAAAAUGAACAGAUCACAGUGAGACGUCAAGUAUUGCAAGAAAAUGCAACGUCAUUCGUGACGCGUGCGUAGAAAAAUGAUGUAUUGUUUACUCUUCCUAAGAGCAAUAUUAAAUGGAUCUCACGCUGCAAGAACACACCCAUCUAACAAUACGUCAAAAUGCAAGCUUUCAUCCUCAAGUUUGUCAAGUAAUUCACGAAAUUUCAACGAUGCCAUUAAUAUCCGUCUCAUCUUCCCUUAACAUUUGUAAUAAUGAUGAAAAAAAAAACGAUGCUUGACUAUUGAUAAAAAGCGAGGCUCCCAUGUAUAGUAGCGCGUGAUGAAAUAGAAACAGAAAGAACAGGACUAUUGGAGCAUUAAAUUAGACAUUUCUAUAUAAGCAUGAGUACCGAAGCCAGAGAGACAGUUAAAGAAAGAUCACCCUCGCCGAGUGAUCCGGCUUACCAUCGUACGCCAAAAUGUGCCAGGUGCCGUAAUCACGGUGCCGUUGCGUGGCUGAAAGGACACAAACCGUACUGUCCAUGGAAGGAUUGCACUUGCUCCAAAUGUUUACUGGUUGCCGAACGACAACGUAUUACCGCUGCCCGCGUGGCUCUCUUACGUCAACAGAGAAAAAACAGAGCAAGAAAGAACGCGUCAAAUGAAGCAGUACCCUUUAGUGUAGAUAACCAUGACUAUGAGAGACAUUCGGUCCUUCAAAGACAUUCUUAUGUCGUUAAUCCUAGCGUAUCGACGACGACAGGCAGGAUGGAAAAUUCGCCUGAACGUGAGGAGCCGACGUCUUCCGAUGACAGAAGCGACCAUAGAUACGAUGAAGCACGUAUGCCAAGCCCAACCCAUGAGACGACGAUCAAGCGGGAAAAACCGGAUCACGACGAGCUAGAGCACAGAGUCUUGGACCGAGUCCGCAAUCGACUGUGCUCGUCCCCAAACGGCAAGCGACCUAGAAGCGAAGAUUCAGGGGUCUGUGUUAGUCCAACAAGUCUCGCAAGAAUGACGGAAAGCAACGCUCUACUCUCUAUAGCGAAACGACUACGACCGGACCCAUUGUCUGUACUGUGCAAAUCUUUCCCGAACCAUAAUAAAGGCGUCCUGGAAACCAUUUACCGUGGAUGUGGGGGAAAUGUUGUACAAGCGAUUGAAUUCAUACUUGAAAACCAAAGCUAUCACUCAAUACCCAUGAUUACCCCUUCUACCAACUUCCUAGCAAGCCGAGAAAGUACAUUGUCUGCGUUUCGACCGCCCGAGAUAGCGACGACAAAUACCGAUAGCUUUCCGAGACGAUCCUCGCCUCCACGUACAUUUUACUUUACACCACGACACGCUGAUGGAAUUGUACCCACUAUUCCACUGUCAUCCCGGAUGUACGAAGGAGAACACAGUCCUUCAUCACGAAAGAGAGGAACGGGAAGUCCAAUUGACUACGAAGAGAACAACGAAGAACAGCAAUUUUGUACGCACUGCGGGCGCAAAGUUCAGGCCAGUGAUAAUUUUUGCGGGUCAUGUGGAAAUAAAAUUGCGCGACCGUAAAGGAAAUCAACGUAUUUUGAAUCAACGAUGUUGAAUUGCGGAAGAGAUUGUCACUAUUUAUAAAAGAAACUAUUAUUAUAAUGACUAAUGGUAGCAUUUUACCAGUUUUAACGACACUUACAAGCAUAAUGCCAAAGUGAGUUUGGGCAAAAUGUCAUUUAGUAUUACAUAAAGUAUCACAACGGAGAGAAACACUACACUUCAUUUUAUAAUAAAAGGUAUUUUAAUUUGGCAUAUGGGAUAUUUAGAGCAGAUAUAUAAUUUGUGUUAUUUGUAUUUUAAAGUUAAAUUAUUGUUCGCAAAAUCAAGACAAUAAAUCAACUGUUGAUGCAA